ACCACCACCACUCACCUACCACCGUAUCCUGGACAGCAUGCGAUAACCGCAAACACUCUCAUUGUUGAGCUCUCCUGAAGCUAUGGCUUCCAUCGCAUGGCAUCGUCACGCUUCAUCGCCCAUCACAACCUUCAUCACACCUCCACUUCUCAACACUUGUCCGUCCAGCCGUCGCGUCCCCUUGGCGCGCUCAAACCAAACAUGUUCCGCACCACUCGAACCCGCUCUAGAGCGUACCUUGACCCUCCCGCCAAACCCGGCACUCCAUUAAAGCACAAGCAUGCAGUCACGCCAGUCCGUCGGCCGCCAAAGCGACGUCGACUCGGCGUGUCGGCCCUGUCUACAAAUAGACUUGGGCAGUCCUCCGAUUCUGAUGAUUCAGAUUUCGAAGUCUACCGGUCUAGAGGACGAUUAAUCCCCCCUGGUAGCCCGCUCCUGUUAAACCGAGGCCGAAGGGCAGGAGCUAGACUUCGUUCUAAGCUUGCGGAAGAGGAGGAUACGGCAGCGCAGAGCCCUCGGAAGAGGAAGCGCCACGGCCCUGGGUCUGGUUCAAGUGCGGGCUCUGAUAGCUGGGUGGAGACGGAGGAUGAUGAGGCACCCGAGUUGAUUGGUGAAGACGACCAACAUCUCCUUCAGGACGCUCCAGCGGCUUCACUUCAUCGGUUGCGUAAGACGGAGCUCGUUCGACUCUGGAAGGUGGCUGGAAUGUGGCUGUCAGAGGAAGACGAAAUGGAUGAAGGCGGCGAGGACGCUCGUGAUUUAGGCAAGUCUGAGCUGGUUGAGGGCUUGAUCAAAGCGCGGAAACAGUUUGUCGAUCCCUCGCCUGGCCUUUCGUCACCCUCACUUGAACGAGGCUUCUCCCCGAUGGUCUUGCGAAGUCGCUCCAAUUCAACUUUGACUUCGCCACCCUCGUCGUCGUCAGAGAACAGUCCGCAUCCUCUGGAAAUGGACAUUGAUUCCACACCCAAAGCUGUGCUCAAGAGAUCACGACUCCGAGACAACCAGAGGUCUUCACACCGUCGAAAAGGAGUCACAAAGCAAGGUGACCAUGUGCCAAAACCCAAGGGCAAAGUGAACCGGCGCCCUCGAGUCCGGAUAGCCUCUACGCUCCCAGUUGAACAUACACCGCGGUUCAAGCGCCGCUCGUCUACUCUUUCAUCCGCGUACACGACUACAUCUGAUGGAUCAGCCGACGAGGAGCAACCAUCACGUACUGCUGUUCGAAAGUCCCCACAUAUCAAGUCUAGCCGUUCACGAGCCGCCGCCAUUCAAAUCGAUGGCUCCUCCAGUGGUGUCCGUGCCACACCAGUGAUUCAGCGAUUGCGACCGCGCCGUGGACCAAGCAUCAGGUCGAACAAUUCGACGAACAAUUCGACAGAGGUCGAUGCUGAUGCCGAGGAUAAUGGUGAUGACGAGGGACCUGCAUCGUCUAGUUCCAGCAUUUACAGGCAACGAUCUGAACCUGAACCAUGGCUCAAACGCGACAAGCAUGACCGCCAAGCGAAGAGUGAAGCUCUUAAGGCUUUGAACACGAGCAGUGACAAUGUUCAGCAUGGUGGUCCUUCCCAGCAGGCGUCCACGAGCGACGGCGAGAAUGCCGUCCUGGCAAACCGUUCCCCCGUCCGAACAUCACCUAGGCGCAAGUCAUCGUCGUCACGGCGUGCGUCAGUGAAAGGCGUCAAGCCCCAUGACUCACUCGACAUCGACGUGGAACCUGAGUCGGCGUCUUUGGAAGAGAUUGGUACACGUACGACUCGCUCAGGCAAGCCCUUCGGCGAUCUGGAACCCCGUGAACACACUUAUUUCGAGUACGAUGAUGAUGACGAGGACAUGGACGCCGAUGAUGGCGAACUGUCGUCACAAUGGGUGGCAAACUUUGACUUCACCACGGCCACGGUCUCGUCCUUGACUAGGCUCCGACGCGAGGAGCUUGUGCGGCUUUGUGAAACCAACCACCUGGAAGUUGGUGGGACGAAAUUACAGCUGGCGCGGGUGUUGUUGGAUUGGUACGCCGAGCAGCAAGAGCAGCUGGAGCGCACCUCGACAAGUUCCCAAAGCACAGCUCGGCCAGAAUCACCUCAACUGGUACACGCCAUCGCGAGCAACAGCCGUACCGAUGGUGUGGCUACACCAGUUCUACUUCGCGAUCACAUACACGCAACUGAUCCUGCCACGCCGCCAAGAUCAGACGAUGAUUUAGCCCGCUCGACCGAGAACGACUUAAACUUCGACUUGCAGGAACUGGGACUGGAGGACUUUACCAUCAAGCCCGAGCACCUAGUGAAACUUGAGAAGAUUGGCAGUGGUGGCUUCAAAGACGUGUAUGUCGGCAAGCUUCGUGGUCGCAAGGUGGCGAUUUCAGAGUUUCGCAGCCAUCUUAGUGAGAUGGACAUUCGUGAGCUCAAGUUGCUUGCCGAGUUCCGCCAUCCCAACAUUGUGCGAUUCAGAGGUAUCUGCAUCCCUGAGGACUCAUCUCAGGUGCCUUGCAUGUUGAUCAGUGAGCUCUGUGAAAACGGUGACCUCUUCGAUUACAUUCCACUGAAACGUGUCCUUCAACUCAUGCUGGACAUUGCGCAUGGGCUCGAGUAUUUGCAUCUUCGUCAGCCAGCAAUUAUUCACCGCGACUGCAAGUCUACGAAUAUCCUCAUCACUCGCCAAGGUGUUGCCAAAGUUGGCGACUUCGGCCUGGCGCGCGUCAAGCAUAGCACACGUUCAAUGAUCCGAAGUCUAGUUGGCACUGUGAAUUGGCAGGCGCCCGAGCUUUGGCACCCUAUGCCAAGGUACGACUACAAGGUGGACGUCUUUUCCGCCGCAUUGGUCUUUUGGGAGAUGCUGUCGGGCUGGUUUGGCGAGCAAAAAUAUCCUUGGGAAGGACACAAUGAGCAUUACAUUUACGACGCGGUGGGACAAAAGCACAAGCGUCCACCACUUGCAGGCCUGCGAAAGCAUUGGGGAGCAGAGCCUGUCAAUCUCGUUGAACGCAUGUGGCACCAGGAUCCGGCUGAACGACCGACCAUGAGCGACGUUGUGGCCGAUUUGGAGGCCCUCAUCGCAGACUGCUGAGAAAAAGAAGGAAGAUAUAGAAGUACAUAGCGCUGCAUUGGGCGAGAGCAUGCCUGGGUGGAGAAAGAAAUACCUGCAAAUGUAACACAUGUCAUGAUA